AUGUCCCGCGACGGUGAUGCCCCAGUCGUCGAAGCAGAUAAAGCGUCCGUUGUCGUAAACGAAGUUGUCAACCGGCCCGUCCAGAACGAGAUCGUCGUCGCCUCGCGGCCGAACCAGCUCGCCGUCAUUCCCCCUGGGGCGCAGAUCAUCAACGAGAUCAGCACGACAGAGGUGUUCCCCCACGGACACGUACCGAUGGGGUUCCAACUUUGCACUCAGUGCCGCCGCUACUGGCAUUCCUUCACCGACACCACAAUCUGCUACCGCUGCCGCUCCUCCCUCGGCUACCGCGACCGCUUUGACGGCCGCUCCAGCUUCAGCUAUGGCUCGGGGUACGGUUAUGGCCACGGCUACGACCGGUGCUCCUACUGCGAGCGCAUCAGGAUCUCGGAAGGCGUCGGGCACCACGGCGGCAUCGGCAUCUGCAGGGACCGAUGCGGAAGGCCCGCGCUAUGCCGGCCGUUGCCGAGGAGGCUCGCUUACGAGAAGAAGACGGUGAAGCGGUAUUACUACUGA